CUGUUUUUAAUUUGUUCGGUAAAUCUGAAUUAUUUUGAACUGUCAAUGCAGGCAUCAUCUCUUCAAUCCUGGUUGUACAUCGAAUCAAACUUGGGCUAUCACAUUUUGGAAGUGAGCAAUCUUGUAGACUUUACUGUCCUGAGUGGAGCUCAUUUGUCUGAAGAAGUCUCUCUGGGGUUAAAGAAGGAAUUUCGAGCGGAGUCUGUAGCUGAGGGCUGUCUUUCCAAUCCCAUAAUCUCCGAGAAGGAUUGUCUUGACAUUAGAAGAGAGUUACUUUGAAUGAGAAGGAAUGGGAGUCUGCCAUUUUGAUAAAUU